AUGCUCAAGCUGGGAUGGCAGGGCUCUGAAAAUGGGGCCCCGACCCUGGUCUCAGCCUGGGGCCACGUGACGCGCGUGUUUACGUUGAGUGACGGGCGCUGGGUUGGGCGGGCCUUGCCGGAAAUCAACUUCCGGGGGCAGAGGUGUUCGAAGCCGGGUGGUGCGUGGGCUACUUCAACCUGUGUGACUGGGCCGCGGUCUCACCUCAAGGGCCUGGGGCCGUGCCUCGGGUGUACGCGUAGGGUCUGUGUGCUGGGGGUGGCUCACAGGGCAGCGUGGGUGAGCGGCGCAGAGGCGGCAGCGGAGAGCGAGAGAGGGGAGCAGGUAAGUGAACGUUCGCCUUCCGGGGCCUGGGUCUUGGGGUCGGGGCCGCGCGAGGCGGGCGGAGAGCGCCCCACCCGGAGGAGGAGCGCGGCCGAAUUUCCGCCGCCUGCAGCCCGCCUGCUCCGGCCUCGCCCUUGGCGGUCGCAGCGACCGGGAGUCAGGGGGCGUGACCAACCUCCCACAGGAACGGAGCCAGCUCCCGGGGCUGGGAGUGCCCACUCGUUCCUGCGCUGGCCGGUAGGUACCGGUACCUGCACGUCCCAGAAUCGAAUGUUUUCGAAGGUCUACGCCCACGAACACGUGAUUAUUGUGUCACCGAAGCGCCUAUCGAACGGAGACCUUGAUUCUUGCUUAGAUCUCACAGAACGCGCCUGGUUUCUGUAUCCCCUUUUACUUUGCCAAGUACACCGGGGUAAAAGCUCUACAGCGUCCGCCAGCCACAUUUCCUUAGAGUUUCUUGGGCCACAUGUUGCAAUAAAAGGGGCAUUUCAGGGUCAAGCUAGGAGCCAGUAACUUUGCCAAGUGGUGAGGUAUCCUUUAUCCCCGUUAGCGCGCCUCCCUUUCCCAACAAUAAAGAUAUUUCCUCCAUCUGCGCGUGUCGCCAGCUGCGGAGGAAAGCUUUGGACAUGAAACCUAUUUUUGGCUUCACUUUAAGGAGUGGAACCCUAUUAAAAGCUGCGCUGAGUGUUUUUUUGGUAGGAUGAUGUUGUUGCUGCUACUCUCACUUGCUUCCCUGAUGAGAGCUGGGGCAGAGCUUGAUUUCCUGGAGGGUGAAGUCUUGGUCACAAUUUUAGGUGACUCAGCGGCCCCUUCCGAAUUCUCUUUCCUUCCCGCCCCUCUCAGCUGUGCGAAUACUGUUGCCACCUUUCUCUCCAAAUGUUAAUCCGGAUGGGAGUUGGAUGAUGGUUUUUGGAAGCAGUUUGCAUGUUGCGUGGUGGAGUUAUUGGAGUGGGCUGACAUUUCACUUCACAAUUUAAGGCAAAAACCCCCCACAAUAUUUAGUUGGAUGGGGUGACAGGGACUGACAACAAAUUCGCUGUUGUGUUCUCUGCUGUCGGAGAGUUCUACACUUCAGGAUCACCUGAUUGCCCUCUGCUGCAAUUUCGGUUGCGUUAAGGGGAUUGGUUAUACUGUCUGUACCUGUUAGGUAAAUAUAAUAAGGGGCAUGCCGGGCAGAGUGCACCUGCGUGGUGCUGGCUAACCAGUAAACUGUGUGGUAGAGAAUUGCCUUGGUUACGAAGUUUGGUAUCCUCCAGGCUGCCUAGGAGGGUGUUCUGUGGGCUGGGAAAUCUUCUGAACUGGUUUCCUAGCAACAGUAUAAGCCCAGUGGAAUAAACAUAAAGAAAACAAAGUGAUGAAAGUUACAACUUACCUCUUUUAUUAAAUGGAAAAAUGUAGCUUCUUCUUGGAGUGAUCCACUCAAAACUUCUGAGACAUUUUUGUUUAUUUUGAUCAUCUUAGUACUUAAUAGCAGACAAAAGAAACUGCAGAAAAUCAUCCCAGAGGGACAUCACUUUGUUUUUUGGGUGGCAUUAAAAAACAGAAAAAAGACGUUUAACAAUGAGCUUGUCUGAAGCUUAAAUGGACAAAUAGGAAUUUUGUGUGACAGGCAUUUUAUGUUGUACUCCUAUCUAUAUAUGUAAGAUGUAUGCAUUACAUAUGAUUGUUACGAAUGAAGAUAGUAGAAGACGGGGUGGGAGUGGAGUGGGGUGAAUGAGUGGAUAAGACUGGUUCCAUUAAGUAAAAUGGAAGGGGAAUGUUUUAGAUAAGUUGUUCCCAAACUCUGGGUUAUAAUUACGGCACUCCUUUAUCAACCUGUUCUUGUGUUUUUUAAUCUUCCUUGAAAGUUUAUCAAAUGUUCUUGUUUUCUGUCCAAACAAUGAGCACUUAAUUGAAAAAGGCAUCUCUCUUUAGAUUAACUCUUUGUGUUUAUGUAUAUCUGUUUCUUAUUUACUAAUGAUAAAUUAAUAUUUUAGAUUUCCAGUAUUUUAAGGAUUUUUGGUCUCCUUACUGUUCCUGCCCUAUUCCCAUACCCAGUAAGUUUGGUUUAGCUCAUUUAAAUUGAUCCUUAUUUUUAAAAAGGGCGUGUGUUGCUUUUUUUUUUUUUUAAAUUAAGGUUUAUUGAGGUAUGGUUUUUAAGUAAAAAAUAAUUUUUAUUAUAUUGCUGUAUAAAGUCUGACAAAUGCAUAUGGUAAUGGAACCACUGCCACAAUCCAAACAAAUAACAUUCCCAUCAUUCUAGAAAGUUUCCUCCCCUCACUCAUAGGUCCUAGCAACCACUGAUCUGUUCUCUGUCCCUAUGUAUAGCUUUGUCUCUUCUAGUAUGUUAUGUAAAUGGAAUCAUACAGUAUGUAGCCUUUUGUUUCAGGUUUCUUUCACUUAAUGCUUUGAUUCAUCCAUGUUGAUGCUUGGUUGUUUUUUACAGCUGAGUAGUAUUUCAUUGUGUGAAUAUAUCAUAAUAUGUUUAUUUGCCAUUUGAUGAACAAUUUUUGGCAUUUAGGAAUGAAGCUACUAUAAACAUUCAUGUGCUGUUCUUUGUACAUUAAGGUACAGGUCUUUGUGUAGACAUACGUUUUCAUUUCUUUUGGUUAAACAUCUAGGAAUGGAAUUCUUGGGCCAUGUGCAAGUGCAUGUUUAACCUUAUAAGAGAUUACUGGCUGCAUACGGUGGCUCAGACCUGUAAUCCCAGCACUUUGGGAGGCCUAGGUGGGCAGAUUAUGAGGUCAGGAGAUCGAGACCAUCCUGGUCAACAUGGUGAAACCCCGUCUCUACUAAAAAUACAAAAUUAGCCAGGUAUGGUUGCGUGUGCCUAUAAUCCCAGCUACUCAGGAUGCUGAGGCAGGAGAAUUGCUUGAACCAGGGAGUCAGAGGUUAGAGUGAGCCGAGAUCAUGCCACUGCACUCCAGGCUGGUGACAGAGUG